AUGCCUCCCCGCCGAGCAAGACGCGGCCGUCCCCAAACAACGACAACUGCGGCUCCUGACGCCGGCCCUAGCGAUGCCGGCCCUAGGGACGCACGGCCUAUCGCCUCGUCUGCAGCCCCUCCCAACCCGCUGUUGAACCUUCAGCAGUCAUUGGUCCCCUCUCCCGACACGCAUUCUGGUCCCAUUGAUCCUUCUGGUGCUAGCUUGGCCGCCGACCCGGCCGACAUUGUCAGCAUCGCCGACAGUGGCACCGCCACCGAGCUUGGUCACCCUGCCAAUCGCGACCAGCCAUACCCUCUCAAUCUUGUCCCGUUCGAUAUCGCAAACCCUCUCCAGCACGAAGAAUCUCUGGUCAUCAGACCCUACGACGACAUCGUCUGUUGUUACAAGCUGAGGGAGUACUGGGUCAAACAGUACGAGGCUGGGCGAAUCGAAGAGGGAGUAGAGUACGAGGACCAAUUCGUUUUUCCGUAUCUGCGUAGCUUUUACCAUGAGCUCGAAGCUAUUCAAGGUCUGAAAGCUUGCCGAGGCGAAUGUCUAGAGAUCUUUCCGACGGUUUUCACGACUUCGGUUCGGCUGGACCUGGACAUUUGGUUUCGACCGGGAGAUACGGUCAGAAAUACGCUGGAUGGUAAUGGUGUGGAAGUGAAAGAAGCAAGGAAGAGAAAAGGAGAAGAGGAGCAGUCUGCCUCUAUAGUAACCUCUACCAUCUUCGAGACCCAUUCGCCAGACGUUGGUUUGGUCGGCUAUCACCUCGAGCAUAUCGCAGAGAAAACGUCUCGAGCGCCACCAGGAGAAGAGCUGUCUACGAAACGAUCAUCAGGAGCACAGAUUUCGACAGGGCGUAGUGAACGAGUAUUCACCAUCUACUCAAUCAACCACAUCAAAUGGUCGCCCAUGGUCGAGAAUGUGCGCGACGAGGCAGAGAAACGGCAUUUGGACGACAUCAACCUUCGCUAUGCCCGCCUAGAUGCGCUUUUCCAGACUCUAUAUUACCUCCACAAAGCCUACCGGGUAGCUGGAUGUCGCUUGGCGAUUGCUUGGGCAAACGAAUUCUUCACUCGCAUGGUCAAUGUGACAGGCAAGUGUGGUCCGCAGAGAAUCCUGGUGGAAGCUUCGCCCAAGUCCAUGUCGAUGUCAUCAACGAGGCUACCCAAUUGCGCUGCAGAAGGCCUGAGCCUUGAUGAUCUGAUCACCUUGGUUCAUGAUGACGAUUGGGAGUCGCCCAACGCUCUCAUUCGAGACCACGACAACUGGCACUACAACGAAGAAGCCAAAUAUCGUCUGGACGCGACCAUCCUGAUGACUCUGGCUAUCGCUACUCGUGCUACGACGUUCGGUGACGUCGUUGCUUCAGGUGGAUCGAAGAGAGGAAGAGAGGUCAACCACGACAAGUACCACGAGUCAUGCCUGCCCUCCAAACGGUCGAGAUAUGCUACGCAGGGUGUGGAGGAUGGCAGCUUCGUUGGGCCCGUCAAUGACUCUGAGAACAUUCUGCGAACCCCCUCACGUCCUGCUUCAUUACCUUCCGUUGCCUCCUCUGCGAUGUCACCCAACAAAACGGACGCCACGGACAGCGUGAUCGAUGAAGCCUUGCUCGAACUCGAAUUUCCCUCUGAAGAUUGGUCGCAUGGUGACUAUGCCGGUGCUCUGGAAAAGACAGGGACGAAGGUGGUGCUAGUGGGCCCGCAAGAGAUGGAUGUGCUGCUGGCGCGGGCCGCCGGACAGGGAUGGGCCGAGGCGCUCAAGACGCAAUAG